AUGGCAAACCGCCCUCCAGCUCUAGACCCAGAUGUCCACACCAUCGACGACCUCAAACGAUUGGGGAGCGCAAAGCUCCCCUUGAUGUACCGAGAGUAUUAUAACGAAGGAUCCAUGGACCUCCUAACAAUCCACGAAAACGAAACCGCCUUCAACCGGUACAAAAUCCGCCCUCGCGCUCUCGUCGACGUAGCAGAAAUAGACACCAGCGCCGAAAUCUUCGGCUGUCGCGUCUCCUGUCCGCUCGGAAUCAGCCCGUCGGCUAUGCACAAGCUCGCCCACCCUGAUGGCGAGGUCGCGACGUCCCAGGCGGCUGCGAACCAGGGCGUUGCAAUGGCUUUGUCGUCGUAUUCGACGUGCUCGCUGGAAGACGUCGCACAGGAGGGGAAUGGGAGGGGGAAUCCGUAUGCGAUUCAGAUGUGUGUCCUCAAGGAUCGGGCUAUCACGGUGCAACUGUUGAAGAGAGCGGAAGCACAAGGAUACAAAGCCCUCUUCCUCUCAGUCGACAACGCAGUGCUCGGGAAACGGUUGAACGAGUAUAGGAACAGCUUCGCGUUGCCGGGCGAUAUGUCCUGGCCGAAUAUCCUCAGCCAUAGCUCUGAUUCCUCUGAGGGGGUGGAAUACGAUGCAAGCCUCAACUGGGAAACCACAAUCCCAUGGCUCCGACAACAGACAAACCUCCAAAUCUGGCUUAAGGGGGUAAACCGCCCCUCCGACAUCGAACUCGCAAUAAAGCACAACGUCGACGGGAUCCUCAUCUCCAACCACGGAGGCCGCCAACUAGACGGAAUGCCCGCCACAAUCGACGUCCUGCGAGAAUGCGCGCCGAUCGCUAAGGGCCGCAUCCCUCUUGCCAUCGACGGCGGGAUUCGUCGCGGGUCGGAUAUAUUCAAGGCGCUUGCGAUGGGAGCGAGUCAUUGUUUUGUGGGGAGGGUGGCUAUUUGGGGUCUUGCUUAUAAUGGUCGGGAAGGUGUUGAGUUGGGUCUCAAGAUCUUGCUCCAGGAGCUUCGUAUCACUAUGGCUUUGGCUGGGUUGAUGCCGCUCAGUAAAGGAAAUUGA